CUCCAGUCAAAGUUGACAUUUUAGAAAAACGAAUCGAUGAACAAAAGAAUGUCGAACAAAUCUUGAAAUAAACCAUCAGUUACCCGUCUUCAUAUCAGAAUUCCCUUACAGUCGGCUAAAUUUUAUGGCAACCAGGAUAAAAUAGAAAAGUUAUAUAUUGGAAUAUUAGAAGUAGAACUAACAAUAAAGUUACAAAUAAUCAAUACGUAGAGAGUUCCAAGAUGAGCCACUACAGUAUUAUGAACAUUUUUCUGAUGGUCUUUGUUGGAUGUUUUACAAUGGGGGAAGCAAGACCUCCAUGCCCAUGUUCAGACCCUAAGUUCUGCCAACCAAUAAACAACUUGGGAUCUCCUUCCGAUGUGCCAAGACGAGAAGUAUUUAUCUUCUCACUUUCCAAAACAAAUUGGAAGCUCUAUGACUGGGAUAAAGUCACCACAGUAGUUAUGGUAGGGUAUUACAACCCAGAGCUGUUAUGUUACGCUCACUCUAAAGGUGCUAGGGCCGUUGCGAUCGCAAAUAUUCCCAAAUCAAAUUUAACAUCACCUGUACUAAGAGAGGCCUGGAUACAGAAAGAAAUCAAGUAUAUCCAAGAUAAUUACUUAGAUGGAGUGAAUGUGGACUUUGAGGAUGCGAUUGAAAAGGAUGAUGAUAAGACUAGAGACGGUCUCACUGCACUAAUGAAGGGUUUAUAUAAUGGACUGAAACACCUAAAUCAAAACUACCAGGUGACUUUUGAUGUUCCUUGGGCUCCUUACUGUAUCGAUGGCAGGUGCUUUGAUAUUAAUGGUCUUGCAACUUAUACAGACUUUCUGUUUGUGAUGUCAUAUGAUGAGCGCAGUCAAAUCCCGUAUGAGUGCAUAGCAUGGGCUAAUUCUGCUAUCAAUACAACCAAAUUUGGUCUUAUGCAAUAUAUCCAGAAAUACUCGCUCGAACCAAGUCGACUGGUAUUAGGCGUACCCUGGUACGGAUACCAUUACCCAUGUGAAAAAUUGGUAGGCAAUAAAUGCUAUAUUAAGAAAGUACCUUUCCGUGAUGUAAACUGCAGUGAUGCUGCAGGUCGAGAGAUCAAUCAAGAUACCAUUCGCGACUUCUUGUUGUAUAACACUACAACGAAGACACCUUUAUGGGAUGACAUCGCUAAAUCACCAUAUUUCACCUACCACGCGACUGAUGGCAGCCCAUACCAAAUAUGGUAUGAUAAUCCCAGAAGUCUAACAUUGAAGUAUGAUUUUGUUGAUCAGCUGGGUUUGCAUGGAGUUGGGAUGUGGAAUGCUGAUGCUUUGGAUUACUCCCUUACUCCCGUAGGAGAAAAACAGAGAAAGGAAAUGUGGGGAGCAUUGCCAAAUUACUCCCCCAGAAAACAAGAAAACGAUUCAAAUGACAUUCCAGAUAUCUGAUGCCACAAUUGAGAAAACUUAUCAAAUUGAUUUCAGUAUUGAUUACAUAUCGAAAUAAUACUCAAAAAUGUUUAGUCUAUUACUCUAUCUGUACAGUAAAAUCUGUCUUAGUGAAUGCCUCUCUCUAGUGAGCACCUAUGUUUAGUGACCAGCUCAUCAAGACACAUUUUACAUUAACUCGUGUAUAAAAUCCCCUCCCUGUAAUGGACACCUACCUACAGUGAACACUUUUCUAUGGUUCCAUAGAUGUUCACUUCAUACAGGUUU